AUGUUUGGCUGGAAAGCUGCGAAGGCAGCCGUCGAGGCUGAGGGCGUCUACAUUGGAGGCUGGGGCCUACGGAAUGCUAUCUGGCCAAAGCGCGUUGACGGCCAUCAUGCAAGCAGUCAAGAUAGGAUCGAACACGUGGCAGCGGUCCAGGACUGGGACGAGGACGAAGAGCGGAAGCUGGUGAGGAAGCUCGAUACACGAGUUCUGUUCCCCUGUUGCAUUAUAUACUUCCUCGCGUACCUUGAUCGGGCAAAUAUGGGAUUCGUGAACGUGCUCCAAGCUGGCAAACCCAGCAGCUUCGAGGAGACCUUACAUCUCGAGGGCUCAGAUUUCAACUGGGCUGUAUCCGUCACGUACUUCAUGGUUACUGUCCUCUUGAUUCCGUCAAAUCUGUUGAUGAAGAGGUUCUCUGGAAAGUUCUACUUCCCGGUAAUCAUGAUUCUCUGGGGCACAAUCGUCAUGUGCAUUGGCGCAGUUCAUAACAAAGCUGGUCUGCUCGCUGCUCGGUUUUUCCUGGGAGUACCUGAAUCAGGCGUCGUCCCGGCCUCGAUAAUGUAUUUUUCCUUUUGGUACAAGCCACAUGAGCGAGCAUGGCGGAUUGGUAUCUUUCAUGCCGCAAAUGCCCUUGCUUCUGGAGUGGGAGGUUUCCUCGCUGUUGCGAUCGACCACCUCAAUGGAAAAGCCGGACUCGAGAGUUGGCGCUGGUUGUUCAUCAUUGAGGGGGCCAUGCCGAUUGUGUGCGCAGUUCCGAUUCACUUCCUCCUCCUCACAUUCCCGGAAGACUCGAAAGCAUUGACUGAGCGAGAACGUUACAUUGCCGUCAAUCGCUUUGGUCGUGGAGCUACUCGAAAGACGGAUGUCACAUGGGACUGGCCAGCUUUCUUUAAUGUCAUGUCUCGACCGUCAACAUAUGUUUUCUUCGUGUCGUAUCUUUGCUUACUGAUCGUCGCGGUGGCACUCGGGACCUUCUUGCCGACCAUCUUGAAAGUGUUUGCCAAAUUCAGCAGCACCAAGGCCAACGAAUACAGCUCCUCGGUGUAUUUCGUGGCGAUUGUCAUCUACGCCUUCUGGAGCUGGCACUCUGACUGGACGCGUGAAAGGAUAUGGCAUUAUAUCAUCCCGGCAGCCAUGGCUAUUCCGUGCUUCGCCAUCUGGACCCAUGUUGCAACACAGAAGAGCUUCAGUGACAUGACGCCGAUCCAACUUUACGGGUUGGCGUACCUCGGAAAUAUGGUCUCUAUCGCGCAGCCAGCUGCUCUGGCGUACCGAACAUCGACACUGUAUGGAGCGGCUGAGCAAGCCAUCGGUGGAGCUUCCGCUGUCGCUUCGCUGUCAAUUGCAAGUAUUAUUGGUCCUCAGAUCUUCCCGAGCACAGACGCCCCUUGGUACCUGCCGGGCUUUGCUGCCGCGUCCUCCACCAUCGCCUUUACCAUCAUCAGCUUUGCAAGCUUGCCGCUGUGGCUGCUCUGGGAGGCAAAACGGCGCAAGGCAAAGACUGGGCAUGCGAUGCCUCUACGAGCCAUCGAAGAUGCAGAACACAGUACUAUUUCUGCUGCCAACCUCGCUCGUCUUCAUGAGCAGAAGGUAUUGGAGGAGAAACGCGCUCUGGAUCUGGAGAAUCUUCGCCACAUUGAAGAGAUCCCUGAUACAAAAGUUUAG